AUGACUUCAGAGAAAGAAGAACUAAAUAAGGAAUUGAAUAAUUUAAAUAAUAUGUUUAUGGAAAGGGGUUACCUCAAAGAGAAGGUGGAUAGGGUGAUAGAUGAAAUAAAAAGAGGUUGGGGUACUAGAUAUAAACCCCUGUUAGGUGUUCCUAAUGGUGUUCAUGAUAAGUAUGGGGAAGAAAAUUGUAACAAUAAAAAUAAGAAAUAUCAAAAAGCAUGCAUAAUUGAAUUUAAUGGAUUUACAGAAAUAUUUACGGAUACAGUCAGAAAAAAUUGGAGUAUGUUGAAAAUAAAUAAGGAACUGUUUGAAGUGGUGGGAUUUGAACCUACCUUUACAUAUAGGACCGGGAUGAACUUUAAGAGAGUUUUUGAACAGACGCAUAAGAAAAAAUUGGGUGUUUUAAGGGUGACCACUAACUGUGGACAUUGUGUCGCAAUGAAAGCAUGUGUCUCUAGUGUGUUGAAAGCUGUUGAAGAUUUUGCAGUAAAACAUCCCACUUCAUCUGUGUCGUGUGUAAAAUUAAUCAGCACCACUUCUGAGAUUUUUACAGCAUUCCAGGAAGAAGCAAGCACAAAAUCACAGAAGAGUGGAAGCAUUUGGUCAACAAUUUUGUCCUUCUUUGGUGGGGCUUCAUCACUAUCUCAGGAUAAUGAAACAUCAUCAGAGGAUGAUAUUGCACCAGCCAUUUUAAAAAUGUAUGCCUUAAAGAAGGAAAGUAUUCUGAAGGCAUUUGAUGAUAUUCAGCUUUUACUGACUAAAGAAUGCAUUUCAAAAGAUCUUGAAAUUGAACUUGAUAUGUUCUCUAAUGAAAACCUUGAAUUAAUAAAACAAUUUAGUAGUGAUGUAGAGGUCAACUUUAAUAAGGAAAAGAGUACCAUAUGUAUAUCUGGGUUUACUUCUCAAAUAUGUGAACUGCAAGAUAAGAUAAUUACUCUUUCGCGCACAUUACAACAGAACAGAACUACAGAACAGGAAGCAAAACACCUUCAAGAAAAAGUUUGCUGGAAAUUCUGGAAAGAUGGAAAGUGGAUGGAUUUCAAUUUUAAAGUUAAUGCAUGCCUAGAAAGAGCAUACCAGAUUAAUGACAAAGAGGCUGAUGUUGAAGUCGAUGGAGUAUAUGUUCUCUUUAACAUGGAAAAUAAAAUGUUAAAGCUAAACAACACUGAUAUUCGCAUUUGCCGUAGAAAUCCUGCAGGUAAGAAUUCUUAA